UCUUUCUUUCUUUCUUUCUUUCUUCAGGAAAGCACAAGAUGUCUGAAGUUGAAAACACAGCAGAGGAGUGUGUGAAAAAGAAAAAAAAGAUGGACACUGCCAUUAGCACAGGCUACUCCCUCCCUCCCUUUGACCCCACAAGCCCAGUUGGUAUGGAGUUCUUGACCCCAAAGACGGGUUUCUUCUGUAAGGUGUGUAACAGGUUCUUCAACGGAACCAAAGAGGCAGAGAUAAACCACUGCAAGACCCUCAAACACUACGAGAGCCUGCAGGUAGGCAACAUGCACACACACAUACCUGUAGUGGUUUCGUGGUGAGGACCCUCAGGACAUAUUGCAUCCAUAGUAAUCACAACUAAUCCCAACCCUUAGCCUUUCUCUAAACUCAGUCUAAUAGAGUGCAGUGAUGACGUAUGUUUGAAGACCAGACCUGACAGUUAGCAUCGCAGGGCUCCUUCAACAAAAAGCUAUGAGAGUUCCCCUCUGGGUUCCGGUAUAUUGCAGAAAAUAUGCUCUGUGGUGUAAGAGUCGGGAGGAGCUGAUAAUUUAUUCCGGCAAAUUACUCAGACCUACUAAUUAACCUAACAGAAGUUAUUGAGUCUAUGUAAGUUUACUGCUUGGCUCAGAUCCACCAACGUCAGCGAGAUCGCACCUCUAUUAACUCCUGAAGAACCAGGUUCAAUUAACUGCUGUUUCAAUUCAGACAACCCUAUUAAUCUGUUUAAGCGAUCCCGAAGGAUUUUGAUAUCAGUAAAUGAGGUGUGGCCCUAUACUAAGGGUGAGUGUGGCAGGGUGCAAUCUUACCUUUGAAGCAGGAGAGUAGAGCGCAGAUGUCUUUUAAGUUGUCCCAGUCCAAAAGGUGGGAUCAGUUUAUUUGAAGAAAAAUAGGUCCUAACGUAUACAGGGUUUUCAUGCUGUGAUCAUGUUCUAAUAUGAAACUUUAAAAUUCACAGUUUUACAUUUAUUACAUUAAAUUGUAACUUCAGCUGCCGAAUUCAGUUGUGAUUUUUAAAUCUCCCGAUCGAAUUUAAAGGCAUUACCUCAAUGACCGGUGAUAAUAAAAAGCACAUUCAAACUUUCAUUCACCAAAUUAAUUAACAUAAAUUCCAUACCUAUGUUUUCCGACAGGUGUCGGGAAUAACAUUCAAAAACCCAUACUUAUCCGCAUGAAUUCGGAGGAAGAUACCUCACAGGUGGCGGGCCUAAUCUUCACAAACACAUACCUAUCUGACAGGUGGCGGGAAUAACAUUCAAAAACCCAUACCUAUCCGCCUGAAUUCGGAGGAAGAUUCCUCACAGGUGGCGGGCCUAAUAUUCACAAACACAUCAAAUAUCA